AUGACCAAGCUCACCCUCCUCGCUGGUCUGCUCCUUGUGCUGACAGCUGAGAUAGGUUCUGCCUACCACCUGACAUGCUACUUCACCAACUGGGCCCAGUACCGGCCAGGCUUGGGGCGCUUCAAGCCCGAGGACAUCGACCCCUGCCUCUGUACUCACCUGAUCUACGCCUUCGCGGGGAUGCGCAACAACGAGAUCACCACCAUCGAAUGGAAUGACGUGGCGCUCUACCAGGCUUUCAAUGGCCUGAAGAACAAAAACAGUCAACUGAAAACUCUCCUGGCCAUUGGUGGCUGGAACUUUGGAACUGCCCCUUUCACUGCCAUGGUGUCCACUCCUGAGAACCGCCAGACUUUCAUUGCCUCAGUCAUCAAAUUCCUGCGCCAGUAUGAGUUUGACGGGCUGGACUUUGACUGGGAGUAUCCUGGCUCUCGGGGGAGCCCGCCUCAGGACAAGCACCUCUUCACUGUCCUGGUCCAGGAAAUGCGUGAAGCUUUUGAGCAGGAGGCCAAGCAGGUCAACAAACCCAGGCUGAUGGUCACUGCCGCAGUCGCUGGUGGCAUCUCCAACAUCCAGGCUGGCUAUGAGAUCCCCCAGCUGUCCCAGUACCUGGACUACAUCCAUGUCAUGACCUAUGACCUCCAUGGCUCCUGGGAGGGCUACACUGGAGAGAACAGCCCCCUCUACAAAUACCCAACCGACACUGGCAGCAACGCCUACCUCAAUGUGGAUUACGUCAUGAACUACUGGAAGGACAAUGGGGCCCCAGCUGAGAAGCUCAUCGUUGGAUUCCCAUCCUAUGGACACACCUUCAUCCUGAGCAACCCCUCCAACCAUGGAAUCGGGGCUCCUAUCACUGGCCCUGGCCCUGCUGGGCCCUACACCAGGCAGUCUGGGUUCUGGGCCUAUUAUGAGAUCUGUACCUUCCUGAAGAAUGGAGCUACUGAAGUGUGGGAGGCUGCUGAGGACGUCCCCUACGCUUACAAAGGCAACGAGUGGCUUGGCUAUGACAACACCAAGAGCUUCAAAAUCAAGGCUGACUGGCUGAAGAAGAACAACUUUGGAGGCGCCAUGGUCUGGGCCAUCGAUCUGGAUGACUUCACGGGCACUUUCUGCAACCAGGGCAAAUUCCCCCUGACCACCACCCUGAAGGAUGCCCUGGGCCUGCAGAGCGAAAGUUGCAAAGCCCCAGCCCAGCCCAUUGCUCCCAUCACCGAGGCUCCCAGUACAGGUGGAGGCAGUGGCAGUGGCAGUGGCAGCUCGGGAAGCAGCCCCGGUGGCAGCGGAUUCUGUGCCAACAGGGCCAGUGGCCUGUACCCCGACCCCACUGACAAAAACGCCUUCUACAACUGUGUGAAUGGACACACCUUCAUUCAGCACUGCCAGUCCGGCCUGGUCUUUGAUGCCUCCUGCUCCUGCUGCAACUGGUGA